AAGCGACUCAGAUAACUGCCGUGUGUUGUUUUCCAAUAAUUCUGCUUAGAUGUUCUAUUUAUAGACCCAUUUUACAGUCUAGAUUAUUUUGUUGCUAUGGAAUAACGGAUGUUAAGACCACAAGUGUAUCUGAGAAUAAUAAUAUUAUGCCGUCUCAAGCGGAGUCACGUCGCUCACUGUUCAACGUUAAGCUAGCAUCAUGGUUCGUGCGGCUCAGUGCCAUCUUCUGCAUGGUAGCUUCCGGGAUUACUAUGGCAAUCACCGACGUUGAAGCCGUCGCCAUAAUAUCGUUCGUCGUCGGUUGUGCAGCACUGACUCAACCUCUCUUGGCGUCGUGUUGUUAUAACCGAAAUCCCGAGAGUUGUACGCCUUGGAAACUGACGACCGGCAAGAUCAUUCUGUACAUCUGGCUGUUUUUCACCAAUUGUGUCUUGGUCACUUUUAUCGGCUAUGGUAUUUUCUAUCUCUAUGUCUUCGCCAUCCCCUACGCCGAGUACUUCUUUACUACUUGGAUCGGUAUCCUCUUACUUUUUGUAUUCCUGAUCAGCAUCGUCCUUACCGCGGUCAACAUCUACACAUUCUGUGUUCUCCACAAGAACGGCUGCUGUUUCAUGAAAUCCCUCAACAGAGAUAUUUUGAACGUGGAUCCAGAGGCAACACCAGUGGCUAUUAUUAUGCCGACACAGACCGUGACAUUUGGCCGUAAACCGGAACUGGAUGCGGCUACUUCCUGUAACGUGUACCUCGAGCCUCCGCCUCCUUAUCAGGAGCAGUGUCCGCCAUAUUUGGAGAACAAAACAUAAACGUGUUUAGUUGCAAUGUCCUUCUUACUAAAACAACGGAAAAGUUCAUAUUGUUGUCGCCUACUUAGCAUGGCAGACAUGUGGGGAUCCAGUUGUCCACGGUCGUUGUUCGCAUCGUCAUCUGAUUUCAAGAAAUGACAUUUUUAUUUCCGACAUAUAUACUUGAGUUUCAUGUCAAUUGUCAAAUACUAUAUCUUUGUUCUAUCAACUUUAAGACUGCACUAGUAAAUCCAAGCAGACGACAUAUUCAAUUUGCGGAAUGCGUAUUGCUUUUGUUUUUGUGACAUAACCACGAUGUUCUUUAAACUUCAAAGUAUUGACAGUGCGAAUGUCAAAAUUGAAACUAGAAUGAAACUGGCUCAAUAGCCUCGAUAUGACAGUGCUUGACGCGACAUCCGUGCUUCAACUUAAUCAGCCGCUGGGUGUUUUUCAUCUUACAUAUUUGACUGGUUAUCAUUAUAUUUUGUCCAAUGAGAAGGCAGUAUUUCUCCUGCUUUCCAAUACAUGUAUUUCAGUAAAUCUGCAGUCAGCCGUAAUUUAUUUAAAUCAGGUGAAGUGGUAGAUAUAAACAGUGACUGUCUCAGUGGCUGUUAGUGGCUCGUUAACGCUAUUGACGACUAACAAACUUAUAUAUUGUCAUAGAUUGUUUUAACACGAUUUAAAUGGUUAUACGACUGUUUCGCAUCAAACCAUUAAAUUUCGUCACAUCCUGUUACAUCCUAACAUUCUUGAACUAUUACUUAUUGAUUGAUAUCGAUAUCUAGACUAAGUUGUUAACAUUGCAAUGGAAUUGUCGUUGCGUGUCCAACCUCUCGCGUAAGAAAGCGAAUAAAAUUGUGAUCAUA